AGAGUGACAGAGCUGUUGAAGUCUCCGGUCCUACUUGUUGCCUGAAACUGCAGACGCUGAAGAAAACAAAGCUGAAAGAUGAAAACUUUGGCCAUCCUGGUUCUCUGCUCCCUGGCAGCCAUCUGUCUGACUUCAGAUGCCUCUGCUGGCGCCCAGCCUGCCGGUGACAGCCCUGCUCAGGGGGCUUUGUUCAUGGAGAAGGAUCAGGCCUCUGCAGUGGUGAGACAGACAAGAGCUGCUAAAGAAUUGACCCUGGCACAGACUGAGAGCCUGAGAGAAGUGUGCGAGACCAACAUGGCUUGUGACGAAAUGGCGGACGCGCAGGGAAUCGUCGCCGCCUACCAAGCCUUCUACGGACCAGUCCCCUUCUAAGAAGCCGAAACCACGACAACUGACUGCUCAUCACAAUUUUUCGUUAUCAUUAAAAUUAUCACCUUUGAGCUCUUCUUUUUUCUUUUUUUUUUCUUUGCAGUUAAGCCAAAAAAGCAUGAGAAGACAUUUCCAAUGUGUGCCAGCGUGUGACACUUGUUACACAAAUCUAAAAGCCUGUAGAGUAGU